AUGGUUGCGCCCGCUGUCCCUGAGAUCCACGAGGAGGAGGAUAUCUACGUUGCAGUCGAUGCGCGAACGGAGUCCUUGCAGAGCUUGCGAGAACUAGGCCCUCCAGACCUGGUCUAUUUGGUCAAGCAGCCUAAGGCCAAUUCGACUCGCCAGACCGGAGUUUAUCAUCAUGUCACCGGAAUCGAUGCCUCCUCGUCCGCUAGCUUAGCCGCCUAUGUCAAUACCCUCACAUUCUCUCCCCUCGACAAGACGCAUAAGGUAGUCUCGGGAAUCUACUGUUGCUACAAUGCAUUCUCUCAUCUCGAUAUGCGCGUCGAAGUCAAAAUUCCCGGAAGCCUGGAGAGCUACUGCAUUGAUGAGCGCGGUGACAAGCGUGUUGCUACCGAGGCUCUUUGGCUUGAGACCUUCCUUUGCGCCGUCCUGAGGGCCUAUCUCUAUGCGGACGAUGGAAGCGGAGAUUCCGUCAAGAGGAUUGUUGGAGUCCGACGAUUCAACCCCGUGACAAACACAGAAAUGGAGCACAAGUUCUUAGAUGCCGCCGAGAAACUUUUCUUUUUGGGACGCCAACUGAGCUCUGAUCCCGAAACCCAAGUCCCUAACACUGUGAGCAACCACCUCACAUCCGGCAUCCUGAAAUACAUCCACACGACUGGUCGUUAUACUUCUGGGAUCAACUUGUUUGAGAAACUCCGUACAAAGGAUGUGGAGGUCUCGUCCCUCCUGGCUCGUGUACAGAUUAUGGCAGAUGAGGAGGUGCAAGCGGUACGCCUCAUGUACGACGCUUUACAAGAUGUUCCAAUGGAUUAUGCUCUGCUUGAUUGCCAGGCUAGUUUCUGUCAAAGCAAAGGUGAAAGCGAGAUGGCACUUGAGUGCGCCAAGCGUGCAGUUACUGCAGCUCCCAGCGAAUUCAGUACCUGGGCCCGCCUCGCAGAGGUGUAUGUCAACAAAGAUACCCCUCGCAUGCCACAACCAUCACGCAUCAUGCUCCCAAUUCUUGCUGAAAGCAUUCUCGAUGAAAUAGAUGAAGGCCAGCCCAAGCAAGGAGACCCUCAUGACUAUGUUCACCCUUCACUUCGAAAGAUCCAUGCUGCUAAUUACCAAGGUACUUUCUUGAAGGCCUAUAAUCUUCUGACAAAGAUCGCUGCUGCCAUCGGAUGGGAUCAGCUACUCAAGGCUCGCAGCCAGGUUUUUGUGAUGGAAGAAGAAUACCGUGUUGAGCGACAGCAUGUUCCUAAGCCCGCAACAUCAAUGGGGGCGGAGACCAACGGCAACAGCCCCGGCCACGAAGAUGACUCUGGCUCUGUGCCUGGCCCUGGCCCGACCGAGCCGUCGUCGGAAGAAACUGCCAAUGGAGAUGUUGGAGAGAACCACACGGAAAGCCCCCUCGAGCGGCCGGAGCAAACAGUAGCAUCCGAAGUUGUCAAGUCUGGCAAGGAAGAUCCCGACCCAUCUCACGCCUCAUACACGCAAUUCCGAAAUAAGCGACUGUGCGAAAGGUGGCUGGAUAACUUGUUCAUGGUACUUUACGAGGAUCUGCGCAUCUACACCAUCUGGCGGACCGAAAUGGCCCAGUUCCGUCAACAAGCCAUGGAAUACAAGAAAUCCGCCACCGAGUGGGAAAUUCUUGGUGAGCUCGCUCAGCGGCUGCACCAUUUCGACGAAAGCAUUGAGGCAUACCAGAGCUGUCUAGCCACUCGGUUUUCGCCCAAGGCUAUGCGUGGGGUGUUGAAGUUGUACGAACAGCGAAAUGACACCAGAGGCAUGCUCGGCGCAUUGAUCCGCCUCAUCGCCUGGCAAUAUCGCUGGUACUCCGAGUUUUCACCUGAGCUCUUGUUCCUGGUUCGCAAGCUAAUCGAGGAUGAGGGUGCUGUCAAGGUCCGCAGCAUUGUCCAAGCGACAAACCUCCCUCAACCCGUCCUCGAUCUCACACACCAGUACUGUCAACUAUGCGCCACCUUCCGCAGCAGUGGUAGUGACACUUAA